AUGUGGCCGGCAUUCAUUUUAUCCGUCCUUGCGGGUGGACUUUUUGUCGUCUCGCUCGCCUACUUCUUCGACAGUGCCAAACGCCUAGUUCUCAACAGCAUCCCAACCCGGUACACCCCGUCUGAGAACCCCAAAGAUGAUCAUAUCCAGAUCAUCGUUGUUGGUGACAUCGGUCGUAGCCCGCGGAUGCAGUACCAUGCCAUCAGUGUCGCGAAUCAUGGCCGAUAUGUAGAUUUGGUUGGCUAUAAAGAGACGGCAAGGCACCCUGCUCUUAUUGGAAAGGAUAAUGUUGCGCUGUAUCCCUUGGCACCAUAUCCCGAAUGGACCAUUUGGGGCACCCUGCCUCUGCUCUCGCUGGUGUACAAAGUCAUUCACCAAUUCUGCACACUCUUCUACACCCUCAUGUAUGCCACGCCGGCUGCAAAAUGGAUGAUCAUACAGAACCCUCCCUCAAUCCCGAUCUUCCAUGUGGCGCUGAUUGUUGCUUGGUUCCGAGGAACCAAGGUCAUUGUUGAUUGGCACAACUACGGCCAUACCCUCAUGCGUCAAACUCUACUCCUCAAGCCCCUAGUCCCACUCUAUCGCUGGUAUGAGAAAGGUUUUGGUCGCCGUCUUGGUGAUGUGAACCUGUCAGUCACAGAUGCCAUGAACCGCCAACUCAAGGGGCCUGGUUUCCGAAUCAAGAAGCCCAUCUUCACUUUACACGAUCGGCCCGCUCAAGUAUUCCAGCCCAUUACAUCUACGAAGAAGCGUCUUGACUUCCUUCGUAGCUUGCCCGAGACCCAAAAGGAGGCGCAGAGCAUUGUCGACGGAUCGCUUCGGCUCAUAGUCAGCAGCACAUCCUGGACUGCCGACGAGGACUUUGGCCUGAUGCUUGAUGCGCUGAUGGAGUAUGCUCAAUCUCUACGGGGCGAAGCAUCAACCAUUGAUACCCCCCCUCCCAUCCUGGCCAUCAUUACAGGCAAGGGGCCACAGAAACAGCCAUACUUGGAUAAAAUCAAAGAGCUCACGGACCAAGGUCGGCUGCCCGGGAUCCGUAUCCUCACCGCCUGGCUCUCUACCCGAGAGUACGCCUCGCUCCUCGCCUGCGCCGACCUUGGGAUCUGUCUCCACAUGUCCAGUUCUGGCGUUGACUUGCCUAUGAAGGUGGUGGACAUGUUUGGCGCCGGUCUCCCUGUGGCAGCAUAUUCCGCAUAUGAGAGUUUUGGCGAGCUUAUAAAGGAGGGCGUGAACGGGUGUGGGUUUAAGACUUCCAGUGAACUUAAAGAGGUCCUCCAACGUCUUCUAGGGGUACAUGGCACAGAAGAAUUGGCGAGGCUCAAGGCAGGGGCAAUUGGUGAGGGAAGUAUAAGAUGGGAAGAGACAUGGAAUAGCGUGGUUGGCCGCAUUCUUGAGUUUGUUGGGGAUGACUAG